UGGGUUGCCAGUUUGUUGCUAUCAACGAACGUGAGCGAUCGUGACAGACGAGGCUUCGCACCAGACUAAAAAAAAAUUCGCGAGUUACGCGCGCGUGUAGUAGGUAGUACUGAGGACGGGCGCCACUGCAUUUCGCGAAAAUCGGAACGGGCGCGUGUGUGCGCUUCGAACCCCCCCGAGAAAAACCAAAACACAGUGUAUUAGUGCGAUAACUAAAUAUUUUGUGGGUGUAAAGUGCAUUUUCCCAUCAGGCUGGCUGCGUACCUGGACGGGGGGCCCGCCUGUGCUUCCGUGGGGGCCCUAACCCUAAGGGCCGGACUGGCUCAUGUACCCCUUGGGCCUAAUUCUUCUUUUAUACAUCACACGGCACACAACAUAGGUCGAGCAGAGCCAGCCGCCGGAAUGCUGAUUGCUUGCGCCGGCUGUAACAAACCUAUACUUGACAAGUUCCUACUAAAUGUUCUUGAAAGGACGUGGCACGCUGAUUGUGUAAGGUGUUUUGAUUGUCAUAAACCGCUGACGGACAAGUGUUUUUCAAGAGAAGGCAAACUUUUUUGUAGAGACGACUUUUUUAGGAGAUACGGUACGAAAUGCGGCGGCUGCGGUCAGGGAAUAUUGCCAACUGACCUGGUGAGGAAGGCGAGAGACAAAGUGUUCCACAUCAACUGUUUCACCUGCAUAGUCUGCCGGAAGAAGCUGUCGACCGGCGAGGAGCUCUACGUCCUAGACGACAAUAACUUUAUAUGCAAAGAGGACUAUUUGUCGGGGAACAAAAACGCAAUGCCCGGAUCGCAUCACGAUCCGUUAUUGGGGUCGGCGUCUGAGGAUGACGAGGACGACGAUAACAGCACGACCUCUUCGGUCCUAAAGCAUCACUCACUCCACGGUUCGCUACCCCCGGUUCCGGGGGAGACGAACAACAACUCCCUGCCGCACUCGGACAUCAGCAGUACGAUAGGAACGGAGGCGAAGGCCGGUCAGGACGACUCCGAGGACCAGACGUCGCUCGACGGCGAUCCGGAAACGCGCGACUCGCAGACGGAAAACAAAAGUCCGGACGACAGCAGCGCCGGUUCGAAGCGUCGCGGUCCGCGAACGACGAUCAAGGCGAAACAGCUCGAGAUCCUGAAGACGGCCUUCUCGCAGACGCCGAAACCGACGCGGCACAUACGGGAGCAGCUCGCGAAGGAGACGGGCCUGCCGAUGCGAGUGAUACAGGUUUGGUUCCAGAACAAGCGAUCGAAGGAGCGUCGCCUGAAGCAGUUGACGUCGAUGGGACGGGGGCCGUUCUUCGGCUCCUCGCGCAAGAUGCGCGGUUUUCCGAUGAACCUCUCGCCGGGCGGCUUGGAGGACGGCCCGCCCGGGUUUCCGUACUUCGCGACGGCCGACGGAAAGUUCGAGUUCGGUUACGGCGGACCGCCCUUUCACCCGCACGACAGCCCGUUUUUUCCCGGUCACCACCCGGGCGGACCGGGCGGCGGACAACCGAUGCCUUUCAAUCAACCUGGUGGACCGAUGGAGCACGGAGGCCCGAUGCCCAUGGGCGGCGAUUUCGGGGGCAUGGGUAGCGACGGUCCCUUCAUGGCGCAGCAGGGCGGACCAGGUCCCGAGCAGAUGAUGCAGGGCGGCGGCAGUGGUGGCGGACGAGGCGGUAGCCCCGAGUUCAUGUCACCGGGGAGCUUCUCCGACAAUCCGGCACAGAUCAACGAGGGCCUGGUGUGGUAGCUCGCGAAGGCCUUAGCCAAAAGGGCUAGGGAAUAAAUCGGGAAAAUACGCGCGGAGAUUGAGAGGGCGGCGGGAAAAUUGAAGACUGGUUAUCCGAAUUUUGCCCUUCAAGGGAGCGUUUUUUGUGCAAUGUUUCUAUUGAUUCUCCUUUUUGUAUACUUUAGCAUAGUGAAGCAAAAGACACGACUUUUGUGCACCGCACGUUUUGCCCCCGGACCCCCCCACUUUGUUAAAGUGCCAAGUGUAUCUCAGUUUCUUAAUUUAAGUUAAUUUUAUCAUUGCAUAAAUGUAUAAUAAAAAAAACUCGGCUUAAAGAUGUAAAUACAAAUCAAUUAAUAGUGUAAGUAAAUAAUUAUAAGCGAUGAGGCGGCGCAGCAAUUUCGCGCGGCUCUGUAUAAAGAUCUAAUUUGUGUAGAUGUACAUUGUUAACUAUUAGAUGUCUUAAACGAAUUAUAUACAUAAAAACAA